AUAUAUAUAUAUUUGUUACGGCCUCUGUUCAAGUUCAACCACUCCAUCACUUCCUGAAAUCUGAAUUUUCCAAGGUUAGGAAGACAUUGGCAAAUCCAAAAAGAAUAGAAUCAACAAACUAGUACCAAAUGGGCCAUCAGAGAUAUCUUAUUUUGGUGCUGAUCUCACUUUUCUUGUCAAAGUCUUGCUUGUCAUCAUGGUUUCCGUUUUCUUUUGGCAAGACACAAUAUAGUCAGCACCACCCUUAUGAGACUCUGGAAAUUACCUGCGGUUCUGCUGCUGAAUUCUCCAUUAAUUCUCUCAACGACGAAAAGGGAAUCGAAAGGAUCAACAAUGCUAAAAGAAAACUAAUUGGAUCUAAAUCCUGUUGGCAUGAUGCUUAUCAACUAAUAUUUGCAGCAUGCUCCGAAAUUGUUAAUGAUGACAAUGAGAAGAGGAAGAGAUUUGCUUGGGAUCUAAGUAAUUGCUUUCAAAAGGAUACUGGAAGACCUUUAUUUCCUUCUUGUUAUGCCAGUUCUCCUAUGAAAGAAUGCCUCAAAAAACUUGACAACGAUGCUCUUCAUACUUAUCGCCAAUUCUUCCUAGAAACCAACUCUAUUUGCCAUCAAUUACAGUCUGAUAUAUUCAAGCGUCAAACAGAAAGAUUGGUGGAUGAUCUAACAAAAUCAGCUGAUUAUGCAGAGGAAAAAUUAGAAAGCAUUGAAGAGAAGUCAGGGCAUUUGUUGCAGGGCACAAAAGAUAUACAUGAGUCUUUGGCCUCAAUAGACCAACAAACCCAUCAACUGUCUGAGACUUCGAAGAAUGUUAGCGAUUACAUUUGUGAUAUAUUGAAACAGUCCGAAGCAGUAUUUGAGAAAUCUGAGAAAAUUUCAGCUUCUCAAACUGAAUUGCAAAAGGGUCAAGAGAAAAUGAAGGAAAAGAUAGAAAAAGGGAUGGUGAUGCUUCAUGAGUCUUACCACAAUAUGAGUAACGAAAUAGGAAAUUUACAGGAUGAGACUACUCGGAUAGAAAAGAAGAUAACUAUAGUAGGAGAUACCUUGUGUGCAAAGAUGAGCAAGACUCAAGACAAAGCUGAUGAUAUUGGAAAUGUUUCGGAGAUUUUGUUGGAAAGGGAAAAACAACUUCUACAAGGCCAAUCUGCAGCUCUUGAAGGGCUUCAGUCGCUUAAUGAAUUUCAAUCUCAAGCUCUAGAAGAAAGCAGGGGUGUGUUGCAGCGGCUAACUCAAUUUGGUCAUGAGCAACAGGAAGAGCUUCUUCGGCGACAGGAACUGCUUCGGCGAGCCAAUGACCAUUUGGUUCAGAAUUCAAAGUUAUUAUUGGCUGCUCAGGAAGGAUUUGAACAAAAGCAAGCAUCCAUGUUUGUUGCUCUAGAAAAGCUCUUUGCUUUGCAUAAUGCCUUGUUGCUUGAAUCAAGAGUAAUGAAAGCUAUCUUCAUCCACUCCAUAGCUACAUUCAUUCUUUAUAUAUUUACCAGUACAAAGCAAACUUACACAGUGAGACACAAACUUUAUAUGGGUUUAUGUGCCACAUUCUUGGUUGAAUUUGCAGUACUUCGAUUUACAAAUAAUAAUAUCGAGCUGCAAUCUUGGUUAAUCAACAUAGUGAGGUCUCUUUCCGCGCUUAUUGCUGCCAUUAAGUUAUUACAUGCUAUUUUAACAUACAAAGAUUAUGAGAUGCUGAACUACAUUAUGCUGAAAAAACUGACAGAGGAAGUCGCCAACAUACACAAAAUUGCAUUGUUAUCUUGGGAAACAGACAGUGAAGAGGACUGGUCUACAUGGAUUGACUGUGAUGUAUCAGAUGGCAUUGACAAUCUAAAGGACUCUGAUCAUGGUAAUUUAGGAGGAGAAGAAGAAGUUGGAGAGAAUUUCAAUCCAGCUUCUUUAAUUCAUAGAUAUAAUCUUCGUAGUCAAGCUAGUUAAUGUAAUUAUAAAUUACUUCCAACAAGAACCUAAAGUAAUCUCUUCUGUUAAUUGUUUAAUCAGGAUAUAUUGAAUCUAGGUAGGAUAGGAUAUUUUCCAUUCACUAAAUUUGAAUUAACAAUUCAAGAUUCUAACAUAACUAUUCUGGUGAAAAUAAAAGAUUAUACUAUAAAGUUUACUCUGCUGUCAGCAUAUAAUGAAC